UGUGCUUGAGUAUAUUUCAGAUAUUGCUGAGGAAGGUUCAACCAGGGAAAGAAUACGAGCUCUAGUAAAGUGCCUCGGAGAUCACACCAAAGAUAAAAAAAGUAUUAACAAGAUAUCACUGCGUGGGGAAGGUUCCACCCAAGUUGCAACGAGGAAAAAAUACGAGCUCUAGUAAAGUGUUUCGGAGAUCACACCAAAAAAAAAGAUAAAAAAGUAUUAACAAGUUCCGAGCUGCUGAACGUAUCCAUUGAAAACAUCGUUCAACUUCCUGAUGCGAUCAAAGAUGUAUCAUUCUUGGCUUUCUAUCAUUGUUUUAUUGUUGGUUGGUCUUCAGUACAGUUAUGGUCAAGACACUCCAGAUUAUUUAUGCGGUGGUGAGGACGACAAGGAUGGAAAAUCUGAAGCGGAAUGCAGCGAGUCCAUUUGCUAUUUUAAACUGAAUAUUGAACACUUUCAGACAUUCACAGCCUACCUGAAAGACGCACCAAUAGGCACUCGUGGUCGAGUUUUUUUUGUUAACGAUUCGGGGCAACUUGAAUCAACUUUAGAAGAUAGUCCAACGUCACCCUGUAAUGAUACAAGCAAGUGCACACAAGCUAACACUGUAGAUGGAAAAAGCUAUCGAUCAUUUAUCGGUGUGAAUAAAAGAAUUCCUGGACCGACCAUAAUAGUUCCUGAGGGAGCUACUGUGGUUGUGGAUGUCACCAACAAUUUGUUCACAGAAGAAACAUCAAUCCACUGGCAUGGUAUGCAUCAGAGAAACACACCUUGGAUGGAUGGAGUAGGCUUCAUCACACAAUGCCCUAUCGAGGCUGGUUCGAGUUUUCGUUACAUCUUUGAGGCAACACCCGCUGGAACCUUUUGGUAUCACUCCCACAGCGGUCCCCAAAGAACUGAUGGUCUAUUUGGAGCACUCAUAGUUAAAGAGAAAAAUCUGACCGAAGCAUACAGUGGUUAUGGUUCGUUUCAAGAUCUACCAGGACAACACACUCUAUCUUUAAUGGACUGGCAGAGAGAAUCUUCCCUAGAUCUAUUUGUCCAAAUCCAUUCGUCACUAGGCUACUUUGAAGACACGGCAGUCGAUGAGGUUCCAACACGACGUAAUUCAAGGUACAUGUCGACAUGUUCACAAGACGCAGCUGAGGUCGGUCCAGUUCCUUAUUGGUCUGGAAUCAUCAAUGGUCUUGGAAAACAUAAAACUGUACCUUUUAAGAACUCUAAACUUAGCGAGUUUUACGUGAGCCGUGGAAAAACAUAUCGUUUUAGGUUGAUUGGUGCUCAGGCGAAUUAUGCUUACAAGUUUUAUAUCGGAGGGCAUAAACUGCGUGUUAUUGCGACAGAUGGGUUUUUCAUCGAACCAAUUUCUGCGGAUUUUCUGAUAGUGAACACAGGUGAACGUUAUGAUUUCUUGUUAAAAGCUGAUCAAACAAGUGGAUCUGAUUUUCUUAUCAGAGCAGAAACCUUGGAAGUGAAUUGCUCAAGUCUCGUGAGAGAUGAAAAGUUAGACACGAAUGACGCAAUCGCAGCAUUGAGCUACGGAAGAUCUGUAAAUAUGACAGCCAUCGAAGGAGCCUAUAUCGAUGACUUUUCAAAACCAACUAAUUGUACCAGUCAAAAUCCAUGCACCAUUGUGAACUGUCCCUUUAAAACCUGGUCCGCUGAACCUGGUUAUAAAUGUGUUAAUGUCGACCAGUUUGUACUGUUGGUACCAACACAGAAAAACGAACUGCCUGUUUUCACAUCAGAAUGGAGCGCGGAUGAAGCAACAUUCUUCUUCAAUUUUGGUUUUGACAGUAUAGAACUGACGAGCACGGUAAACGGACGAAAUUUUCUUGUCCCAAAUAUAUCGCUACAAACAGAACCAAAAUAUAAAAGAGAUGUGAGUUUAUGUUCAAAUGUGAGUAAACCCUGCGAAAAGAAAGAUUGUCAGUGUACACAAAUGGUGGAGAUUGGAGAUAAGUUUUACAAAAAGCCAGUAAGAUUUGUGUUUUCAUCCUUGAGUGCAGCAAACAACAGCAGAUUUUCCCAUCCCAUUCAUUUACAUGGACACAGCUUUCACGUCGUUAAAGUUGGUUAUGGUGAAUAUGACUCUGGAAGACUCGUGAGAGCGACCCAAGAUUUGGAUUGUGAAACACCCUGUACGCGGGCCCCGACAUGGAAGGAAAACAAGCCUCCUGCUGGUAUUCAGGCGCUGAACAGAACCGUGCGCAAGGAUACGGUUAUCGUCCCCUCAGGUGGUUAUGUCGUGAUAGAAUUUAUCGCCGAUAACCCCGGAUAUUGGUUCAUGCAUUGUCACAUUGAACCUCAUCAGUUGGAAGGCAUGGCCUUGGUGGUAAAUGAAGUCGAGUCUCGUCAAAAUCCUGCACCAAAAGGAAUGGAAAGUUGUAGAAGUUUCACCUGGAGUGUGGAAGAUUUCAAUGAGAAACGUAAUUGGGUUAGUAGCGCUUGUAAACCUGCUUUGAAAUAUCUGGUUUUGAUCAUUCCGCUCAUCGCACAAUUUUUGACAUAAGAACUACAUAAAAACCUUUAACUUUUACACUUGUCUUGACAUAGUUUAGCUCCAUUUAUUAUUAAAGUAGUACAAAGUAAUUGCAUGCAAAAUAUUACUCUUAUUCAUUUUAUAUCAUAAAUACUAAUAGUUUGAACAAAUCUAGAUCUUUUAAGAUACACAUUUUUCUGAAAUGAUUCGUAUAUAUAUAUACAAGAAAACAA